AUGGACUUUGUCCGCAUUCAGUUGGCUGUGUAUGAACUGUACGUCGAUUACCUGGAUUAUUUGGUCAAACGUCAUAACCUGCCCUCAGAUGUAGCCGCUGUGGACACCCGUGCGAUACCGUAUCCCCGGUAUCUGAAGAGCUCAUCAGUUGGAAGUAUGAACAUGUUGGAAGUGCUGGGAAUGUUAGUCAUCACGAGUUAUAUAAUAAUGUGUCCAUUGAUUGUGAAACGUAUUUGCGAUGAAAAGGCGGCCAAAGCUAAGGAAAUGCUCAAAAUGAUGGUAUUUUUGUGCGUGGGUUUUGGUGGACUACCAUUUGUUGUCUAUAGCAACGCGUUUGUACUGUUAAUCGCCCUGGUGCUAUUUAAUAUAAACACAAUAUUAAAUUCUAUGUUUAUAACCACCAUGUUCAAUCGCCCGGUGAUCGGUGUAGUGGUCAGUGUUAUAUGGUUUGAGGUCUCGCAUGCGGUGCCGAUGGGAGCGUUGAGUACAAUGUAUAACCAGGAUAUAGAUGUCGAGGGCACCACCAAUUCGCGUAUACUCUCCUGUUUUCAGCCCAACUCAGCCAUGCAAUGGAUGUUCACAGUUAUGGGCCAAUGCGAGACUUACGUCUUGCUAAUAUGGUACGUGGACAAUGUGUGGCCAUGGCAGUUUGGUAUACCUAAGCCCGUGCACUAUCCAUUUUUACUAUCAUAUUGGUUCCCAAAUCGGGGUAAAACAAGUGAUACAAACGAUGCAAUCGAUGCAAAUAAUGGCAAGAAUUUAGCACACUUUGAAAGAGAGCCGUUGAACACAAGGGUUGGCAUAAAGUGUGCGAAAUUGCAUAAAAUGUUUGGCAAUAAGACGGCUGUCGGCGAUAUGUCUCUCAACAUAUAUGGCGGGCAAAUAACUGUACUGUUGGGCCAUAACGGCGCCGGAAAGACCACUACAAUGAAUAUGAUUACCGGUAUAUUCCCGCCCACUUCGGGCACAGCAUAUAUUGAUGGAUACGAUAUCAGACAACAGACUCGGAGGGCUCGCAAAAGCCUGGGUUUGUGUCCACAGGAAAACAUUUUGUACAGUGAGUUGGAUGUGAGCCAACACUUGAAACUAUACGCUAUACUGAAAGGCCAUCCCUGGGCUGAUGUGGACAAAGAGGUCCAGAAAAUGGCAGCUUUGGUUGAUUUGACAGAUAAGGCAAACACUAUGUCUAAUGACUUAUCGGGAGGUAUGAAACGCAAGCUAUCGCUCGGUAUAGCAAUGAUAGGCAACACUGAGAUCUUAAUACUGGAUGAGCCGACCUCUGGUAUGGAUCCGGAGGCGCGAAGACAUAUGUGGGAUGUCUUACAGAAUAUCAGAUCCGAAAGGACUAUAUUAUUGACCACUCAUUAUAUGGAAGAGGCGGACGCUUUGGGCGAUCGUAUAGUAAUCAUGAGUGAGGGACACAUCAAAUGCUAUGGAAGUCCUAUGUUUCUGAAGAAAGCAUUCGGCGCCGGAUAUCACCUCCGGAUCGCUAAGAACCGGGAGUUUAACAGCCAAUCGGUGCUCAAUAUUAUACGCAAAACAAUGCCAAACGCGGACAUCAAAAGUGAGAUCAAUUCAGAGAUCAUAUACUCGUUGGAAGACAGCGACGAACGCGAGAGGAAUAACAAUGAAAGUACGACAAGUCGUCAACUGAUCCAACUCUUUGCACACUUGGAGACCAACAAACAGGAGCUCAAUAUUGAAACAUUUGGCCUAACGGUGACCACAAUGGAGGACGUCUUCCUACGAGUGGGCAAUGAAUAUAUGGACAACUCUUCGGCCGACGAGUUGUCUAAAGCGGCCACUAAUUCACCGCAAGAUACGGACCUAUUGUCGCAUAAUAUCACCAAAAAUACUGGCAAUAAACUUAUGCGACAACAGUUUUGGGCGCUUUUCAUGAAGCGUUUCCACUACGCGAAGAGGUAUUGGCCAAUGAUUGUCCUCCAGACAGUACUUCCGGCCAUACUAUUCAUGUGUAUCUUAUUGUUGGAUCAGUCGCUGAAAAGGGCGACAACAGAGACCUCAACGGUAUCUCUUGAGUUGAAUCUGAAGUCUAUGUACGGCCCAACCGAGGGUUUCAUUCAGUCGGCACUCAAAGACUUUAACGAUAAGUAUAUUAAAGUGUCGACCAAUAAAGAUGUGAAGACACAAGUGAUCACUGUAAACCCAAACAAUUGGACUCUAUCUGGCAAUAGAGGGGACGAUAUAACUAAAUAUAUCAACACGUAUUUAGUCGGCGCUCAGAUCAACACUACCGCCAAAGCCAACAAAACAUCACUAAUACUGAUUCCCUGGUAUAACAAGGAGGCCAUACACUCACUCCCGGUGUCCAUCAAUUUCAUAUACGAGACUCUAUUGAAACAGAAAUUCAAUGACAAACCAUCGAUCACACUAUACAACCACCCGAUACUAUCGGACCAGAGUGCAAAUACCAUGGGUAUGAUUAUGGUGACCAUGGUGGUUACCUGUUUACUGCUGGUGCCCCUAACGGUGCCAUUUAUCGGCGCCUCGUAUGCGUUGUUCCCAAUCCAUGAGCGCAUCACUCAAUCAAAACUUUUACAGUUAAUGAAUGGCAUAUCUGUUCACACGUUUUGGGCGGCGAGUUAUCUCUUUGAUAUCAUUAACCAUUUGUUGGCCAGUAUUAUACUCUUCAUUGUAUUCGCCAUUUUUGAUUGUGACAAAAUUUUCAUGGGCAAUGCGAGCAACGCGGGCGGACUAUUCCUACUAUUCCUUAUGUUUGGUCUGUCGGCCAUACCGUUAGCCUAUCUGUUCUCACUUCGACUCAAACAGCCCUCAACUGGUUAUGCAGUUCUGGUCGUUGUAUACCUGCUCUCCGGUAUAGCCCUGUCUUUGACGGUAUUUUUUGUGUCAAUGCAAAAGCCGAAAGCGGCCGACGCUCUCGAAGGUGUGGCCAAUAUUAUGCCCGUAUAUGCCAUGAGUCACGGCAUACAAAAGCUGUACAAACUGGGCUCGUAUGCGGAUGUUUGUAAUAAAAUGACCAGGGAGCAUUUGGCUCAGCGGUGCGACAACAGUAACUAUCGCAUAGAUAAAAGUAGCGACUACUGGGGCUGUUGUGUGAAUCUGUGCAAACCCACACACGAGUGCUAUUAUGAACGCAAUGCUUUCCAAUGGGGUAAAUACGGUAUUGUAACGGAGUUGGUGUAUAUGAUUGUUACGGCAUUUGUCUAUCUAUUGAUACUAUCGCUAAUUGAAAGCAAUUUCCAAAAAAUUAAAUACAUGUUUAAUAAAAACUCAAAAAUAACUGAAAUGGUUAACAACGGGUACAGCACUGGACAGCAAAAUGUUGUGCUAAACGUGGGCACCGGUGGUCAGGAUAUGGACUCCGAUGUCAGUGCGGAAAUGAAACGCAUCAAAGGUCUGGUCGGCGCCAAUAGGGGAACCACUGAUGCGAUUGUUGUGCAAAAUCUGUGCAAAACAUUCAAAGCGUUUCCAGCCGUCGAUAACCUCUCGUUUGGCGUCCAUAAGGAGGAGUGUUUCGGACUGUUGGGAGUGAACGGCGCCGGAAAGACC